AUGAUGGAUGAGUGCGUUGAAAAUAAUCGGGGAAAGGAAUUUUCUGCGCCUGGGAAAGCAGACUGUGAGAAUCAUCAAGACGGCAGCGAAGUGAAGCCUUCUGAUAAGGUGUCUUCGCCAAGUGACGCGAUAAUGUCUCCGUGUACUCAACGCUUAUUCGGCAAGUCGCGCUUGAAGAAUGCGCAUGGAAUUCAUCCAGGAGCUUUAUUAAAAGAAAAACAGCGAAAUGCUGUUGCGAGUGCAGACCAAGACCGGUUGUCAAAAUGA